UGACAUAACCACAAUGUUCUCAAUUAUUUUUUAACUUUUCGUAAAAUAUUAAUUGUUUCAAAAAAUGCGUUUGAACAAUUUUCCUUCUAAUGUUUAGUAAAAAAGAGGAUUUAAUUCGUAAAACCGGUGAAGAUGGUAUUGGACGAUUACAAUAUUUGGAAACGUUAGUAAAAGAGUUCAAUGAAACGAAAUCGAAAGAUGCUAAAAAACAAAUAUUGGCUAAUUUAGCAAAUUUUGCAUAUGAUCCAAUAAAUUACGAAUAUUUUCGACGUUUACAAAUCAUACCAUUAUUCUUGGAUGCAAUAUCAAGUUCAACAGAUGAAACCAUUAUAUAUUUUUCAAGUGCUGGAUUAUGUAAUUUAUGUUUGGAUCCAUUAAAUCAGCAGAUAAUUCAUCGGUAUGAUGGUAUUAAAUAUAUUUUAUCAACAAUAUUAAAUACAACAAUUGGUGUUAAUAAUCACGACGAAACAUUAUUAAAUUGUUUAACAACGUUAAUGUAUUUAACAACAUCAGAAACUCAAUCACAAAUCAUUAAAAAUUCACAAUUAAAAACUCAACUUGAACAUUUUGUACAAGACUCGAAUAAUAUUCGUAUUAAAAAUUUAGCUCAAAUCUUUUUAACCGAUUAUUUCCAAUUAAAAUGUACGCCUUCGAAAAUUCGUAAUAUUUUAAACCACAAUAAUUUUAAACAAUUUAGUACGAUUGUAAAUACGAGAAAAAAAUUCAAUGUUGGUGAUAAAGUGACUAUUGGUCGAAAUAUAUCGAUUGAAGAUGUGAAAUUAUUUUCUGAAAUGACCGGUGAUUUUAAUACAAUACACUUUAAUGGUGAUAAAUCAGUGAUACAUGGUGCAUUUUUAAAUGGAUUAGUGUCGGGGGUUAUUGGUAGUAAAUUACCAGGACCGGGGACAUUAGUUGUUGAACAAACAUUAAAAUUUCCAAAUAAAUGUUAUGUUAAUGAUUAUAUACAAAUUACGGUCGAAUUAGUUGAAAUAAAAAAGAUCAUACAUUUUGUGAAAUAUGUUUGUAUGGUUGAUGAGAAAAUUGUUUUAGAAGGUAAUGCAAAAUUAGUUUUUAAAGAAUAAGUGUCGGAAUAGAAUGAUUUUGUCGAUGACUUGAUGUGAAUUUAGUAGCGUGAAUGAUUACACAGGUCUGCAAACAAAAUUUUUUUGUCAGCUGCAUGAGAUAUUUUUACUAAAUUAUAUGUUUUAGAAUGCGCUGAUUUCAGAAGUGAUGGCCAUUCUAUCAUAAUAUUAUUGUGAAAAUUUAACAAAAAAAUUAAUAAAUUGUAAUGAUCUAUUUUUGAA